UCAUCUCUUAAUUUUUUUUGUGCCCUUCAGAUACAUUAUCUAGUUAAUAGAUUAAACAUUUAGAUAAUAACUCUUAAGAUCUUGAAAUGUUUUUAAGUUUCCUUAGAGAACUCAGGCAGUGUACCCUGUUAAUUCAAUUAAUUGAGCUUCUUUUCAAGUUUGCAAUAACCCAAAAAGCACAGUGGAAGGAGGAGAGGCGAAGGGGGUAGGAGUACUGGGAGUAAUAUGUUUCUCGACUGGAAGCUAGAUCUUUUAUGACAACUGUUUGUUAGUGUUUAAAUUUGUAAAAUGAUUGACAGUUCUGGUCUUGCCCAUUGACCUGGUUAAUGUGUAUAAGCACUAUGUUACUUGGACUCAUCACUAGUAUGUAUCCAGUGCGGAUGUGUCUAAAUAUUCGGUAGGGUACGUCUAGUUAUUUGCUAAUAUUUGGUAUAUUUUGAAAGAUCCACACAAAGUACCCCACACCAAUAUCAAUUCCGUUCAAAAUGGUACGUCAAGGCAAAUGGAGGAUUCGUUUAACAUAGUCAAGCACCUACGGCUAGUACUAGAAGUACAACCAUUCUCAUAUCUGAUAGCAGAGAUCCUCCAUUUAUACCUAUCACGACUGCCACUGGUUUCCCUUCCUGAUCCUAAAAGUAGAUCAUGUCUCUGCAGCAUCUUCAUCACUGUUGCUUUGAUUUGUGCUAUUUACUUCACUGGAAACGCUUUUUUGGCCAAUGAUUUCAGGGUGUUUUUAGGAUUGGGAAUGAACAACUCACAACAGAAUGCACAAUGUGGUACAUGUGAGUGUUCUAUGAUGUCAGAUGGUCUCUGGUUGCUUCCUCUGACCUUGACUUUCCAAGACACCGUGGUACGGUUAAGACAGCAAAAAGAAACGAGUCAUACAUCUACCAAAUGCAAGGAAAAGUGCAGGCCAUUUGGGAGUGAGGCGCUUCCUGAAGGAAUUGUUUCGAAAACUUCGAACCUGGAAAUGCGCCCUCUGUGGGGUGAUGUUGAUAAGAAGUCGCCAAAUUCAGUUAAUUUAUUGGCGAUUGCAGUUGGAAUAAAGCAAAAAGAGUUGGUGAACAGCCUCAUUAAAAAGUUUCUUGAGCAUGACUUUGUUGUGAUGCUGUUUCACUAUGAUGGUGUUGUGGAUGAAUGGAACGAUCUGGAAUGGAGUAGCCAUGUCAUACAUGUCUCUGCUAUGAACCAAACAAAAUGGUGGUUUGCGAAGAGGUUUCUACACCCUGACAUAGUUUCUGAGUAUGAUUACAUUUUCUUGUGGGAUGAGGACCUUGGAGUUGAAAGCUUUCAUCCAGACAAGUAUCUAUCUAUUGUUAGAGAAGAAGGGUUGGAGAUAUCACAGCCUGCACUUGAUCUUGGUAAAUCAGAAGUUCAUCAUCCUAUUACUGUACGCAGAAGGAACUCUAGAGUACACAGGAGGUUUUACAGGUUCAAAGGUUCCUCGAGGUGUGAUAACAACAGUACAGCGCCUCCUUGUGUGGGGUGGGUGGAAAUGAUGGCUCCUGUAUUCUCAAAAGCUGCCUGGCGUUGUGCUUGGUAUAUGGUCCAGAAUGAUUUGAUCCAUGCUUGGGGCCUGGAUAAGAAGCUUGGUUAUUGUGCACAGGGUGAUCGUACAAAGAAAGUCGGCGUGAUUGAUGCAGAAUACAUAACUCAUCUGGGUGUCCCUACACUAGGUGGUGGUAAUUCAGAUGGAAAUAAGUCGAGCAAAGAACUGGCAGAUCAUUCUCCACAAAGCAAGAAUACGUCCAAUUCAGAAGCAUCGGCAACUGCACUUUAUGAGAAAUUUGAUAAUAGAUCCCUGGUUAGAAAUCGAUCCUCUAUCGAAAUGAAGAUUUUCUGGGAAAGGUGGGUUAAAGCUAGCAAGGAAGAUGAAUGUUGGGUUGAUCCAUUUCAAAACCAAGAAACUGAACCUCAUGGCUAGUACAUGAUCGAUCACCUUAUACAAAACAAGCAGCGUUUGUGUAUACAAUGUGUACAGAAGAGUGCGUAAAUUUAUUACAGCGCGGAUAGAAAGAUAAAUGAAGAAGCAGCAAUAUGAUCCGUUUUACCUUAAGCAUGUAAAGAUGAAUCCAUGAAGAGCUUUCCACCGAUGGUGUAUGGUUCAUGCAGCAUUUUCUAGCGCGGGAAGGAAAAAUCAAGUCUUUUUGUUCUUUACUUUUCCUACAAUCAUUUUUUUUUACCUCUCCGAUUUUUACGCUUUGGUUGAGUCUGCUAAAGAUUAAGUUUUGUGCAAUUUGUAAAUACCUUUUUCUUCUUUUGCCUAAAGACUGUUGCUUGUGUAAGGUACGUAAAUUUUAUCAAAAUCAAUUUGUUGAUUUUUAUCUGG